AUGAAUCGAUUAGCAUUAUUAUAUUUUGGUGCACGGGCCGAAUUUUUUUUCAAUCCAAGAAUGACUUCGGUUUUAUUAUUUUUUACAAUUUCUAUUCCAUCAGUAUUUUCGUUGAUUUGGUUGACACCUUACGCCACCUAUGGAUUCGAUGCGAAGAUGUUGAUGUGGACAUAUGAUAGUUUCGAUUUCAUGCCUUCCUGCGAUCGCAUAAUCACUUUGCUGACUAGCACAUUCUCUACUAUCUGCUAUGUUUUAUUAUUAAUACUUGUUUUAAAGAAAAGUUCUUCACCAGGCAAUAAAGUGCAUGGUGGUACCAGACGUCGAGAUACACUGCUAACAGUGCAAGUGAUGAUUAAUGGCGGCUAUACUGUUCUUGUGUCCAUCUAUUUCAUGUUUUUAAGGCCUUACUACGUGCCCUAUACUAUAAUAUAUAAUGCAGUUGAUAUUCUUUUAUGUGUAUUUUGGAAUGGGAAAAGUCCUAUCAUGCAUUUAGUCUUCAAUCGGUGA